AUGGAAAAGAAAACACAAAGGAAUACUAAGAGAAGAGAAGUGAACAAAGUACUAAUCUGAGAAAGACUGGCUCCAAGAAUGGAACUAAGAUUACAUGACUCUAUCGAUGAAAAUUUAAACGAAAAGCUAUGACCCAAUAAAAAGCCAUAUAACUUUCUUCUAAGAGAAAGAAUUAAGCUUAGGAGAACUGAGAGAUAUAUUGUUAACUCCACUCUGUUAUCAAAAUUCAAAAUUGAGCCUGCCCUUGCUAAGGAAAUAUUUACCGUAAAGUAUUUAUUUUUAGACAUCAGAAAUUGUGUGUUUUAAUGCUGGGCUAACAGGAUCUAAGAAUUUCCUCAGAAUUAUGUCAAAAGCUUUCUGCUUUGUUACAGAGCAAGUUUACAUAAUCCGUUGUACUUUGGGCCCAAAAGAUAUCACAAGAAUAUUAAUAUGCUGAGGACUCAUUAAGAAGUUUCACAUUACAGAAUGAAAUAUCCCCAUUCAGACCUCUGUCUCUCAAAAUUACACAGUGUCUAAUAACAAGCUCAAGAGAGUUAAAUUUUCCUACUGCAAACUUGCUGGUAAAGAAGAAACUAAAGAAACCGCUUUAGUUCUUUUCAACAACAUCUUGGAGUUAUUUUUGAACUCUCCUUUCAAAAAUACUCUAAAAACCUUCUUCUACCACUGCAGACAUCCUAUCUUCACCAACUUCACUCUACCAGGUACGGUCGAAUCCUGUUACAAAGUUCAUGACAGUGCGCCUAAUUUUGUAAAACUCAAGAUGAAUGUUUAAAAUUUUAUUGUGAAAGGGUUUAAAUUCAA